AUGGCGACUGUCGAUGUGGACGUGCCUGGAGCAGCCCACGCCGACCGACGCAAUGGCUUCCACGGCAGGGCUUCCGAGGUGGACGGCGCCGGAUGGAGCAAUGAUGCUUCCGAGUUAAGAGACGCAGGCGCCUCAGACGGCGAUCCGUCCAACACGACCGAUAGGCAGAGGGCGGCGACGACAACAUCAACAACGACAACGGCGACUCACCUCCCAGCACGACCUCCCUCCAACUCCCACUCCCACUCCCGCUCCCACUCCCGCUCCCACUCGCGCCCGUCCGAUGUCGACUUCGACAGCUCCAUGCCGCCUCCCACGCUGGUACUCGCGAACGGAAACACCCCUUUCCCCCGUGCCUUCACCGGCCUCCAGCCCGGCACCGACGGUGUGUCCUACGACGGCCUGGCUUCCUGCGCCGUCUCCGAGGCCGAGACCUCCGCCCCCCAGUCCGCCAUCGAUUCGUCAACCGAUGCCUUGCCCUCGCUCGACGACACCCAUGUCACCCCUAAGAAGGAGCCCAGGAGAAACUCGUCGAUCGUGAACAAGACCAGGGAGCGCUCCGGCACAAAGUCCAGCGACCACAGCGGCGUCAGGCGUCUGUCCGCGUCCAAGAUCCAGGAACUCGCUGCCUCCCCACAGUCCCUGCCCAUCGCCACCAUUCCUGACCAGCCUCUGUCUGCCGGCAUCGUCGACGCCCACCGUCCGCCCAUGUCUGCCCAGCUGUCCGCCAGCCCACAGCAGGUCUUUGACAAGGUCGAGACCCACAGGUCCCAGGCCUUUGGCGAUGCCCCGUCGGGCAGGACACUGCACUCGGUCCGCCCAAGCCUCUCGACGAGGACCGUGUCCACCCCUCCCAUCAACCGUACAAAGUCCGUCAGCCAGCCUCCCGCGCCUCCUUCUGCCUCCCGGCGCAACUCGUUUCAGCCCUCGCCACGGCCUGCGCCCCUGAAUAUCGAGACAGGCAGUCAUAACUUUGGCCCUGCCCUCGCAAGGAACCCCUAUCCCGACGCACAAAGCCGGCCUGAACAUCGAGACCAUCGUGACCACAGGGAGCCGCGGCCACCGUCCCCUAUACCGCCAUCCAUACCCCUCCCACCGCUGUCGGCGCCCACUCUCCUCCAACUGGAGCUUGCCGCCCAGCGGCCCAGCCCGCUCUACAUACACCAGUCCUACGCCAGCGACCUGCCCUACGAGUCCAGCGCCGUCAAGUUCGAGCGGCUGAAAAACUUCUUGUUCCUGCCCUUGUUUCUUGAGAAGACACUGAUGUUUGGCGCUCUGGCCUGUCUGGACGCGUGGCUGUGGACAUUCACAAUCCUGCCAAUGCGCUUCUGCAUUGCAUUUGGCGUCUUGUUCAGAUGGUGGGCGUACAUCGCAGGAAAGGAGGCGCGGUGGCUCAUUGGUUUCGUCUGGGAAGGAAUGGGCCGUCUGUGGGAGCGGGGGCGCAGAGGCCGUGGCCUAACGCGCAGGCCAAGCUUCGAUGGCUCACGUAGUACUGAUGGUGAAUCUCGAAGCCGAAGCAGGGCCAGGGACUCCCUCCACGAAGGCAACGCGAAUGGCAUAUCGACCGCUCAUGACAGGUCCCAAGGAGAUCUGCCUCAGCGGGGACCAUCCACACGGACGAGGAAAGGCACAAAUGGAACAUCCAGAAUGCCUCCCCUGCGAAUGCACUCCCGAUCACACAACGGGCCGUUCCGCCAUAGGCGGACAAAGUCCACGCCGUCGAACCUGACCUCCUUUCACAAGGCCGACCUGCUCCAGGGGCUGGUCAUAAUCUGUAGCUCUGUCGCCCUCAUGAACCUGGAUGCCAGCCGCAUGUAUCAUUUCAUCCGAGCACAAUCAGCCGUAAAGCUGUAUGUCAUUUAUAACCUUGUUGAGGUUGGUGACCGCCUGCUGUCCGCCCUCGGCCAGGACAUAUUUGAGUGCCUGUUCAGCUCAGAAACGCUUUCGCGCAACAGCUCGGGCCGUUCGAAAGUCAUGCUUCCCUUCGGCAUGUUCCUGCUUUCUCUCGUCUACAAUUGCGCCCACGCCAUCACCCUCUUCUACCAGGUCAUUGCUCUGAACGUGGCCGUCAACUCGUACUCCAAUGCUCUCCUAACAUUGUUGAUGUCCAACCAGUUCGUUGAGAUCAAAGGCAGCGUCUUCAAGCGCUUCGAGAAGGAGAACACAUUUCAGCUUACCUGCGCAGAUGUCGUGGAACGCUUCCAGCUGUGGCUCGUGUUGCUCAUCAUCGGGAUGCGCAAUGUGGUCGAGGUUGGCGGGCUAAGUGUGCCCGGCGCCGGCAUUGAGCUCGGAGACGAAGGCAUGGCCGCUGCCAAGGGGCCGUUGCACAACCCGUCCAUCCUCCCCAUGAGCUUCACCAUCCUGCCGUCAUGGCUCUGGUCGGGCGAGGUCUUGUCGCCCUUUCUGAUUGUCAUUGGCAGCGAGAUGUUUGUCGACUGGAUCAAGCACGCGUACAUAAACAAGUUCAACAACAUCAAGCCCAACUUUUACAGCAGGAUCCUUGACAUCCUCUGCAAGGACUACUACACAAAUGUUAGUACCAAGGCGUCCCCCUCAGGCUCCCCAUCUAAUGACUCGCAGGCCUUUGUCGCCCCUUCUCUCACCCGCCGUCUUGGUCUCCCCCUGCUCCCUCUGUCGACGCUCUUCAUCCGCGCGUCCUUCCAAACCUACCACAUGUUCCUCGCCACACACCUCCCUGCACCCAUACCGCCCUCAACUCAGACUUCAUUAUCGGUGGACUCCUCCACGCCAUCAUCGCCUGCGGUGACAGCCGCCCUUGACAGGCUCGAGCACUUCAUCCGCAACGCCCUCGGCCGGUCUGUGUACGGGCUUGAUGAUGAAUUCCUCGCCAACGGCACUGCCGUGAACGGCACCUCCAUGUUCUCGUGGCUCUCGUGGUCUACCGAUGACGCCAUUGCCUUGGUGACCAAGGUACUAGUUUUCUUCAUUGCAUUUCUGUUCCUCCUGAUCCUCAAGCUCCUCCUCGGCAUGCUGCUUCUCAGGUACAGCCGUGACAGAUACGCCAGGAUGAAACUCAAAGAGCACGCCGUAGCGACUGGGAAAAUGGACAAGGAGACGUUCGACACGAAGGGGACUAAGAGGUUCGGCGGCUUUGGUGCCGUCGAGAUCGGAGAUGACAGGAGGAGGUGGAUCUAUGGUGAUGACCCAGACGGUAUGAAGCGUGCCAGGGACAGAGAGAGGAAGACGGAGCAGAGCAUAGGGAAAGAGGAGAAAGAUUUGAGUGGUGUGAUGAGGUACGAGAUGGUUGCUAAAAGGAUUUGGUAG